UUGACCCGUUGCCAUCAAUCGGUAAAAAUGUCUCGACUCAGUUUGGUUCUCGUGCUCGGUUUGGUCGGUGCUACCCUCGCCGGUGUACUCCCGGAUGAGUACGUAGCCUGGGAAGGCCGGAUCGUAGGAGGAUCGAACGCUGCUGAGGGUCAGUUCCCGUAUCAGGUUUCGCUUCGUUCGGCAGCCGGUAGUCACUUCUGUGGAGGCUCGAUCGUCAACAACAACUGGGCCAUGUCAGCGGCUCAUUGUACUGUUGGAAGAACCACGGCCAAUACGAUUGUAGUUGCGGGAUCACUGCUGCUGAAUUCCGGUGGAAGUUCCCAUCCGUCGCAAUCCAUCGUUAACCAUCCGGGAUACAGUUCAUUGACCCUGGCUAACGAUAUCUCGCUGGUUCGGGUUGCUUCUCCGUUCGUUUUCUCUGCAACCAUUGGUGCAGUCGCACUGGAGACCGACUUUAUCAAUUCAGCUAGCGGUGCUCAAGCUUCCGGUUGGGGACAGACCACGCACCCCGGAUCGAUUCCGAACCACCUGCAAUGGGUUAACGUGGACAUCAUAACGCUGGCCGAAUGCCGUAGCCGUCACAACGCCGUGAACGCUGCCCGUGUGCAUGAUAACACGAUCUGUUCAAGUAGCCCGGUUGGAACCGGAAUGUGCAUGGGUGACUCUGGUGGCCCGCUGUCUCACAAUGGACGCCAGCAGGGUAUCGUUUCGUGGGGCAUUGCUUGCGCCCAAGGCUUCCCAGAUGUGUUUGCGCGCGUUUCAUCCCACUUCGACUGGGUCAUGGCAAAUACCGAUUAAAACGUCUUUGGAAAGCUUGUUCUUGGAUAGGAAUUAUCAAAUACAUUUUUAGUAUAACA